GAAACGCUCUGGAAUUACUCAGACUGGAUGUGCCAAGCAUAGCAGACCCAAGAUCCGAAAAAGUGGUCCUUCGUUGUGAAUAUGACCUCGGUGGAGAGGAACUAUACUCCGUCAAGUGGUAUAAGGAUGGCAUGGAGUUCUUCAGGUACAUGCCGAGUUAUGUACCAUACGGCCGAGACUUCCCAGUUGAUGGUGUCAUUGUUGAUACAAAACGAAGUGACAGCAGACAAGUUACGCUCUUGGGACAGUCAAGUGCUCCGGAAGGGAAAAUCAACCUUGCGGGAUCGUACGGAUGCGAAGUUUCAUCCGAAGGUCCUAGUUUUUUGACCACAUACAAGGAGGCCAAUAUGAGUGUGGGCGUGCUUCCAAAACGGGCGCCAGUUCUGGAAGGCCUCAGACCGAAUUACCAGGUCGGCGAGUACCUUGCAGCCGAGUGCACUUCUGCCCCGAGUCAUCCACCAGCUAAACUCGCUUUUUUCCUCAACGAUAAAGAGGUGAGCAAAGCCCAGAUAAAGGUCCUGCCAACCCUGGGCCUGGAAGACAAGAUCGUCGCGUCAAGUCGGUUGGGAUUCUCCAUCCGUCUGGAGCGUCAUCACUUUCCUGGUGGGACUUUGAGUCUGAUAUGUCGAUCAACCCUGCCUGGAAUCAGUGUCGCCAAGCCCCUAGAAACAGAAGUGACGGCCACUCUGGCAGCAAGCAAUCAAAGGCUUGCCCAGGAACCGCCCAGGUCGGCGGGCCCAACAACCUGGGGAUCCUUCUCCUGGACUCUGGCAGGCCUUGCGUUUCUUUCCGUGCACCUGAUUCACGUGUAAAUGUAAUUCACGGACGAUUGUAUCAUGCACACUUUACACCUUAACUGGCACUGUAAACCUUGAGAUGAUUUCCUUGUAAUGUUCCGUUCGCUCCUCGCUGAUGAUGAUGUCGCUGAACGACGGAAGUGGACACAUCACGUUCCCAGGGAACUUAACAAAUGAUCAUGCGAUCGGCUCACAUAGAACCGUUGAGUCUACAAUUACCCGAUAAUUUGCAGGAGAAAUUUUACUGUGAUUAAGGUGAAGUGAAACACGUCACGGAACUUGAUCGACGUCGGUGAAACGGAUUCUUCUAAAUACCUACGCUGCCGACUUUGGUUUUUAUAUUAAUAACACAUCACGUUCCCAGAGAACUUAACAAAUGAUCAUGCGAUCGGCUCACAUAGAACAGUUGAAUCUACAAUUAUGCGAUAAUUUGCAGGAGAAAUUUUACUGUGAUUAAGGUGAAGUGAAACACGUCACGGAACUUGAUCGACGUCGGUGAAACGGAUUCUUCUAGAUACCUACGCUGCCGACGUUGGUUUUUAUAUUAAUAAAUGUGUCGAGUUAUAUUGGGGAUUGUACUAAAUGGCAUCCCCCAUCUGUCGUAAUCAUAUAAUAAUUACAAAGAAAUCGAAAUAAAACU